UCCUCCGCCGCCGUCUGCAGACUCGCAAGCAUACAUCACCACCCCCCCCUUCCUAGUCGGUCGACUCCAGGGCUCAGUGAGGACGUAAACAGAGGACUGUGGUACGCGGAGGACAGUGCUUGCCCCAGGAAAGUGCAGAGCGGUAGGUUACCACUCAAGAUGGCAGAGGCUCACCAAGCUGUGGCCUUCCAGUUCACUGUCACCCCUGAUGGCAUCGACCUCCGCCUGAGCCAUGAAGCCCUCAAACAGAUCUGCCUGUCAGGGCUGCACUCCUGGAAGAAGAAGUUCAUCCGAUUCAAGAAUGGCAUCAUCACUGGUGUGUUCCCUGCGAGUCCCUCCAGCUGGCUUAUCGUGGUGGUGGGUGUGAUAUCAUCCAUGCAUACCAAAGUGGACCCCUCCCUGGGCAUGAUUGCAAAGAUCAAUAGGACCCUAGACACCACUGGCCGCAUGUCAAGCCAGACGAAGAACAUCGUGAGUGGCAUCCUCUUUGGCACGGGGCUCUGGGUGGCGAUCAUUAUGACUAUGCGAUACUCGCUGAAGGUGCUGCUCUCCUACCACGGCUGGAUGUUUGCAGAGCACGGCAAAAUGAGCCGCAGCACCAGGAUCUGGAUGGCUAUGGUCAAGGUCUUCUCAGGUCGAAAGCCCAUGUUGUACAGCUUCCAGACGUCUCUGCCGCGCCUGCCUGUCCCAGCUGUCAAAGAUACUGUGAGCAGGUAUCUAGAAUCAGUGAGGCCGCUGAUGAAGGAAGGAGACUUUCAUCGCAUGACAGCACUGGCCCAGGAUUUUGCUGUCAACCUCGGGCCCAAAUUGCAGUGGUAUUUAAAGCUAAAAUCCUGGUGGGCCACAAAUUAUGUGAGUGACUGGUGGGAGGAAUACAUCUACCUGCGAGGCCGAGGGCCACUCAUGGUCAACAGCAACUACUACGCCAUGGAGAUGCUUUACAUCACCCCAACCCAUAUCCAGGCAGCGAGGGCCGGGAACACCAUCCACGCCAUACUGCUGUAUCGUCGCAUGGUUGACCGUGAGGAGCUCAAACCGAUUCGUCUUCUGGGAUCCACAAUUCCACUCUGCUCUGCCCAGUGGGAGCGACUCUUCAAUACUUCCCGCAUCCCUGGGGAGGAGACAGACACCAUCCAGCACAUCAAGGACAGCAGGCACAUUGUUGUGUAUCACAGAGGCCGGUACUUCAAGGUCUGGCUCUACCAUGAUGGGAGACUGCUGAGGCCCCGAGAGCUGGAGCAGCAGAUGCAGCAGAUCCUGGAUGACCCCUCAGAGCCACAGCCUGGGGAGGCCAAGCUGGCUGCUCUCACUGCCGCAGACAGAGUGCCCUGGGCAAAGUGUCGGCAGACCUACUUUGCACGAGGGAAAAAUAAGCAAUCUCUGGAUGCAGUAGAAAAGGCAGCGUUCUUUGUGACACUGGACGAAUCGGAACAGGGAUACAGAAAGGAGGACCCUGAGGCAUCUAUUGACAGCUACGCCAAAUCUCUGCUGCAUGGUAGAUGUUUUGACAGGUGGUUUGACAAGUCCAUCACCUUCGUUGUCUUCAAAAACAGCAAGAUAGGCAUAAAUGCAGAACACUCCUGGGCGGACGCACCCAUCGUGGGCCAUCUGUGGGAGUAUGUCAUGGCCACUGACGUCUUCCAGCUGGGCUACUCAGAGGAUGGACAUUGUAAAGGAGACACCAAUCCUAGCAUCCCCAAACCCGCCAGGCUACAGUGGGACAUCCCAGGAGAGUGCCAAGAGGUCAUAGAGACGUCCCUGAGCAGUGCCAGUCUUUUGGCAAAUGAUGUGGACCUGCAUUCCUUCCCAUUUGACACCUUUGGCAAAGGCUUGAUCAAGAAGUGCCGGACAAGUCCCGACGCCUUCAUCCAGCUGGCGCUGCAGCUCGCACAUUACAAGGACAUGGGCAAGUUCUGCCUCACGUACGAGGCCUCCAUGACUCGACUCUUCCGAGAGGGGAGGACAGAGACUGUACGCUCCUGCACUACAGAGUCCUGCAACUUUGUGCUGGCCAUGAUGGACCCCAAAACAACGGCAGAGCAGAGGCUCAAGCUGUUCAAGAUAGCUUGUGAGAAGCACCAGCACCUGUACCGCCUUGCCAUGACGGGCGCCGGCAUCGACCGCCAUCUCUUCUGCCUCUAUGUGGUGUCCAAGUACCUUGCAGUCGACUCACCUUUCCUGAAGGAGGUAUUGUCUGAGCCAUGGAGGUUGUCCACAAGCCAGACUCCCCAGCAGCAAGUGGAGCUGUUUGACUUUGAGAAACACCCUGACUAUGUGUCCUGUGGAGGGGGCUUUGGGCCGGUUGCUGAUGAUGGCUAUGGUGUUUCCUACAUUAUUGUGGGAGAGAAUUUUAUCCACUUCCAUAUUUCUUCCAAGUUCUCUAGCCCUGAGACAGAUUCACACCGCUUUGGGAAGCACGUUAGACAAGCCAUGAUGGACAUUAUCACCUUGUUUGGUCUCACCAUCAAUUCCAAAAAGUAACCCUUUGAGCCACAUGGAAGGAAAACGGACUUUUGUGAUACAAACCAAAUGAAUAGGUGUUGCUCCUGAUCAUAGGACAGGCAGAAAAUUGUUCUUAUAAAACUCAGUUUUCCUUCCAGAAGGUUUACUGUGGGUCUCCCUAGAACAACAGUAGGCUCAACCGUGUGAAUUGUGACCCUACUACAUCCAGAGAGGCCUUGGCUCCAGGAAUAUUGGGCAUAGUCCCCUGAAGUCUUUUGAAUCGGCUCCUACUGGAAAAGGGGAUUUAAAUGCUGGUGAAUUUCUGGAUUUUGGGGAUUGUCUCUUCAUACGUGUUGGAGGUGACAGACUUCCUCAGUGGUGACCCUGUGAAUACUUGGGACUUGAGGGUAUCUGACUCCACCCAGGCAGUGUGAGCGUCACCUUGUGGAAAGAGAAAGCAUCUUCAGAGCCAGCGGAGGUAACAGUUGUAGCUAACACACCUAUAACAUACUAAUGGAAUGGUUAGGCCUGGGAAUAAGGUUCUGCUAUGAGUGACAGCCACCUUCCCUUUGGGAGUCCACAUUUGACUCUCCACAUUCCCAGGAAGCAGAAUACCACCUCCCCAGUGCCACCUAUCUCACGCGUCUUUAAAACCCAGUGCCUUAAAGAUGGGACCACAGAGGGACUUAAGGGGCUUGGUAGUCAAAGGCUGUAUAGCUAGACACCCGCUGAAGAGUGUGGCUUGCUAUAUUUGGCAGCUGUUGGCAAGGAGAGACCCUGGUCACUGAGUCAGGCAUACUGACACAGGCAGCCAGGAGAUGCAGACCCUGGCGUGUGUUCUGGCAGAUACACCAGUGGGCUUAUCUUCUAUCCCACCAUGGCAGAUUCGAACCAGAGCCAGUUCCGUAGAAGGCUUGGUCAUUUUGGCAACAGACCCAGGUGUCUCAAGUAAUGAGUGCUUUGUACCCAAAUGCCAUCCCUCAGUGGGAGUGCCUUUCUUGAAAGCACCCAACGGACUGUAAAGCAACUUGGCACCAAGUCUGUGUGGUAUUUAAUGUAAACAUAGCAUAAUGGAGCAGCCUCCUCCACCUGUUACCAUCCUGUCCCGCCAAGAUUAACUAUUUGUGUUGUAAACCAUGUAUUUAUGUCCCAGUGCCCCGUUGGCCUUGCUUGACUACUGCCCCUGUGCUAGCAGUAGCACAGAGGUGAGGGGUGGGGUGACGAGAAGUGCAGAGAGGUGCUGGCUGAACAGCUCAUGCGUGUCUUAUGGAUAUACAUGUAUAAAUUUUGUAAUCCUAAAAAAAAAAAAAAAAAAAAAAAAAGAAUCACACCUAAAAGGGCCAAAGUUUUUUUCCUACUAAAAACAAGAAACAAAAGGCAACAUAAAUACAUAAGCAGAAACAAACUGUAAGUCAGAGCCACCUGACCCUCGCUGUUAUGACCACUCGCCAACCUGUGUUACUCAGAGUAGCCCUGGUGGUGCCCAAGGUGUGACAUUCCUCUCUCAGGUUUCCAGUGUCCUUGCUACUCCAGAGCAGUGCCCAAUGCAAUCCCAUAUUCCUUACAAGGCAGAAGAGUGAGUGGGCUUUCACUGUAUGUGUUCAAAGGAAGAGGUAAGGCUAUUAUGUAUUUAAUUUAAUGUGGAACAAAACAGUCUUACCACAGCCAGGGUUCGAAUUUGGUAUUCUAAUCUGUCCAUUGCAUGUAAAUACCAUAUGCUGCUUGGAUAUAAAUCUUAGAAAUGCAUGUGUGAACGAAUGUAGCUGACCAUUAAUAAAACAUUAAUCCUGCCUACUA